AUGAAGCCCUUCCGUGACAACAUCUUCAAGGCUUGGAAGUCAACUGGAAAGCCUGUCACGGAAAGCAUCUACGAUGGCGAGAUAAAUGGUCUCUAUCAUGGUUGUGAUACUAUUUGCAAAGGAGUGCGCUCCGGAAGUUACCUCUUCCUCAAGGACAAGCCUAAUAUCACGGUUCCAGCUGAGGCUCACGCUAAGAAGCUACUCAUCAGCUACGCCGAUCGAGUUUGCCGCAACGUGCACGUCGUUCUUCUAAACGGCAAGGAUGCCAAGCUUUACUCAGACUUGAAUGGUGUUGGUCCUGCACGUGAGCUCAAAGAAUUCGACAUUGAUGUAAUUGUUGACUCGCGUCAUGUUGGUCAGAAUCUUAUGAAUCAUCCGGCUGUACCUUUUGUCCUGCGUGUUAAACUGGAGCUUGGUAUGGAUACUGCUGUUCUCAGGAAGGGCCCUGAGAAUGAGAAGAUGCAUGCCCAGUAUAAGAGAGACCAUUCCGGUCUUGCCGAUUCAGGCUUCUUGGAAGUCGUGGGCUUCCCGCGAAUUGAUGAAUAUCUGGAGAAUGAUCCUGACUAUCAGAAGGCCAAGAAGGCCAACGGGGGAAGGGAUCCUUUCUCUCCUGAGGGACAGCCACAUGUUGAGCUCGAUUUUGUGUGCCUUUGGGGCAGCGCAUUCCAGUGGCACUUCCCACCUCCUCCGGAAGGCGAACACACCACUGCCGUCGUGGAUCUUAUCCGUCCCAUCUCAGGCCCCGGCGAGGUUACCUUGAAGAGUGCCGAUCCGCUCGAGCAACCCUACAUCAACCUGAAUUUCUUCGCUGAUGAACUUGAUAUCAUUGCCAUGCGCGAGGGUAUCCGCUUCACCUAUGAUGUAUUGACCAAGGUUGACGGCUUCAAGGACCAGGUUAUAUCAGAGUCGCCGUGGCCGAUGCCGCUUUAUUCCAACUCAGAGAUGAAGCGUGCGGUCUUGGAUCGCUGCCAGACCGCCUUCCAUCCCGUUGGAACUGCCCGACUUAGCAAGAAUAUCGAGCAGGGUGUGGUUGAUCCCGCGCUCAAGGUUCAUGGAGUUCAUAAUCUCCGCGUUAUCGAUGCUUCUGCCAUCCCACUGAUUCCUGACUGCCGUAUCCAGCACUCUGUGUACGCAGUGGCUGAAAAGGGCGCCGAUAUGAUCAAGGCUGAUCAUAAGGAUCUCAGUCACAACCGGGCCUUGUAA